AUAAAAUUUGUGUCAAGUUAAAACAGCCAAUUAAUUUGAAACGGGAGGGAGUAGAAAGUAAUGUUGCUCACUUGACAAUGAUAUAUAAUACAAAGCCUUGAAAGCCCUUCAAGAAAGUUUCCUUUUUUUCCACAAAAAAAAAAAGAAGAAAAAAAAUAGACAACUAGUGAGAGGGAUACAAACAGAGAAGAAGAAAAGAAUAUCUUUUUUGGUGACGUUAUUUGAAGAAGAAAUUAAAGUUGUGUUGAUGAUUUGCUGAUAGAAGAACUAAUAAUCAUCGUUUAUGAGUUUGUAGCAAAUGAUGGCUGGAAACCCUACUAAUUGGUGGAGUAUGAUCAUGAAUAAUGGAAACAUGCAACAUCCACAAUUAUCUCAUGAUGAUCAUCCACAUAUCUCUUCUUCUACUACUUCUAAUUCUUCACAUUUUUAUGGAGCUCAUAAUCCAAAUCAAGAUUUUCCUCGUUCAUUGAGCCAACUACUUGUGAGUGGAUUUUCUGGUGAUGAAGAAAAGUUUGGUAUAAGUCCUUUUCAUGAGGCUGGUAAUUCAGAAGACCACAGUUUAAAUUCCGUCCAUCCAACAUCAUCAUCAUCAGUAGCUACUAAUUUUAGGGUUCCUGUUGCUGAUGUAAAGCCAGAAUUGGGCCAAUUGUACGAUUAUCAUCGUCAUCAUCAUCAUCACCACCAUGUCCAUAAUGAAUUUCAAACAUCGUCACUACAAGAAAAAUUAGAAUUAGCUACAGAUCAUUUUACCAGACCUCUAGCAUCUAAUUGGUCUCAACAAGACUUGCCAUCACCAGCUAGCUCUUGUAUUACAACAGGUUUAAGUCAUAACCUUUUGAAUUUCUCAAAUAGCAAAGGGGAACACAAGCAUCAACAUCCAGACCAUAAUUCAACUGAGUGUAACAGCACAAGCAGUGGUGGGAUAAGUAAGAAGGCUAGGGUUCAGCAUUCUUCAGCUCAACCAUCUCUAAAGGUAAGGAAGGAGAAGCUAGGAGAUAGAAUAACAUCACUCCACCAACUCGUUUCUCCAUUUGGAAAGACUGAUACAGCCUCCGUCCUGUCAGAAGCUAUUGGCUACAUCAGAUUCCUUCAAGCACAAAUUCAGGCAUUAAGCUCUCCAUACUUGGGCAAUGCAUCAGGAAGCAUGGGUCACAUUCCCCAACAAUCAGUAAAUUUUUUGGAUGGUAAUUUUCUGAAAAGGAGGUCAGCAUAUAAACAGGAUUCUCAGCACAAACCAACUGAUUUAAGGAGUAGAGGGUUGUGUUUGGUUCCUAUUUCUUGCAUGGCAAAUGUAGGAAGCGACACUGGCGCUGAUUACUGGGCUCCAGCUCUCGGCGGGGGAUUUUGAUGUUACAAGCAUUUAUUCUGAUCGAUUUUAAGUUAUAUACACUGACAGUGUAAAAAAGUUGGGACGAAAACGAACUGAUGAUAAGACGAUUGGAGCCUCUGUGUCCUCAUGGAAUGAAUGAUAUAACAUCACAAACAGUCAUUCUCAGUAUGAAAGUCAGAGCUGACUGCUUGUGAUGCUAUUUUGCAUUUGAAAUCUGGUGAAGGAUAAAAAGUGGUAUUGUACAUUGUACAAUAUGGUCCUAUUUUCUUGAUUUUCAUGAAUAAUCAUACUACCCUACAUGGUAGUUCAUAAGUGUUGUAUAUGUAACUUGGAAAUCCAUUGGUACAAUCAACAUAUCGUUUAGGAAA